ACGUUUCUACAUUCUGAUCCGAGGAUCAGCUGGAAGGCAGCAAUAAACGGGAAAAUCUGCAGCGAAAAAAAAAAGGAGAGGAGGAAGAAGCUGCAGAUGUAAUGAUCUGAAACAUCAGUGUAAAUUUUUUACACGAAGCCCUUCUUCUGAGAAGAAAGCCUUUUAUUUUUGUAUAUUAGUGUUUUAACUACCUCACAUAAAGGCUAUAUCUAAAGCUAUGCUUUAAGAGUUGUCGUUUCUACUGUGUUUUGACACCUCGUUUACAACUUGAACUCAAAGGCAGGCCUUUGUUCCAAACCAAGUGAAACCUUACAUUUGCACUACAGAAGUCCCUCCAGCCUUGAUUUGUCAAAUACAAGAUCAAGCACAGGGCUUUAAGUGAAAACAAGAACAUCAGGCAGAAGAGCAGCAUUACACAAUUAUUGCAUUGAUAAAUACAAAAAAGAAAAGGCAGCUAUUGCAUAAUUUUUCUUUGUGGACAGCUUAUAGCACAUCACAGUCAUCAAAACUUCACGAUACAAGCAGCAAUGUUUCAGCGUCUUAGUAACCUGUUGUUUGGGGAGGUGGAGGAGGUGGAAGCCGAUCUGAAGGGACCCAAUCCAUGUGUGACUGAGGCCGAUGAGGAGGGCUGGAUGCUCGUCAACCUGACCGACUCUGACAGCAUGAUGCAGGUGGAGGAUGAGAUGGGGACCCCACUCACUGCACAAGCAUUACCAGACAGUAAACGAUCAGAUUGCCAAAACACACAAACAAGGACUGAAUGCCCAGCCUCCAUGCCAUAUUUGUCUCAUAAGCGUCGCAGACCACAUAAAGGUCAGACACGGGGUCCAGCAAUACCAUCAGAGCCCCUGUCUUGUCCCAGCAGUAGUCCACAACACUUAGUUGCCACCACACCUGUGAGCCUACCGAGACGGGCCAGACUGUCCACGCCCUCCUCCACCCCGUCUAUGUCUCCAGGUUCUGGGAGUGACUGCGGGGGCAGGGGGGGUGCCAGUAGGUCAGAUUCAGAGAGAGGCUGCAUGGAUGAGAGCUGGUUUGUCACCCCUCCCCCCUGUUUCACUGCAGAGGGAGCCACAGCAGAGACCAGCCCCAUGGAGGACCUGCUCAUAGAACACCCCAGCAUGUCUGUAUACGUCUCCCCCAACAACUUGUCCUUGCUCUCCAGCAGCAACUUGUCUGUGGUGGGGGAGGAAAGCAUUGUCAGCCUGGCGAGCAGUGCGAGUAGAGUGACUGAACCAGCAGCUCCCCCAGCCACCUGCAGCACUAUGCCCACCAGGGUGAGCCGUGGAGCAGCUGCCCAGGCUGGGGCUUUGGCCAAGGUCACCCAAGUGGCCAGGGUCCAGCGUUACAAAGCUCGCAUGGAGCGGCGCCAUUUGAGCCGCAGCCACAUCCAACGCCAAAACCGUGUGAGGGAGCAGGUCCCUCGUCGCGCUUCGCACGCCAGAAACACCUUCCUUCACCAGCCUAGCAAGCAUAGCUUCUGUCACUAAGCUCUCCAUCAAAAAUGGAGGCUGUGUUUACUCUGGGGGCAUUCGUAGUGCAGUCAAACAUGGUUAAACAUGUCCACCUACAGCAUUUUCAGCUUCCAUUUCCGUACAUUAUAUCAGAUUAUUCUUUUUAAAAGAGGUCCAGUGGGUCUUUUUGUGUCAGCACAAACUGACUCAUCCUGGUACCUUUUAACCCAAACUGCAGGUAGAAAGCAGUCGCUCAAUGUAGAUCUUAGUAGACAAUUAUAAUUGCCCCCUUUUUGUCCACCGGAUUUCCCAAGCUAUAUGUAGUUGCAAUUACACCUGGAAAAUUGGCAAUAGUUGAGUUCAAUAAAUUUUCUUAAGCUUUUGAAACAUGUGAGUUUUAAUUAUAUUCACUCAAAACCAUAAUACUGUGUUAUUAUAAUACAAAAUGAAAUAAGACCAAAAUAGCCACUUCUUUUGUACUCCGACUGGGCGAACAAACUUUUAAUAAUCUAUAAAACAUGAUGAUGAUUUUAUUGAAGUUAGUUUGAUCAGAAAAGGUGGAAGAAAAUAUCUUUUGGAAAGAAGAAGACAAAAACCAGUACAAGUUGAUUUCUCUGCAAAGUGUCUAAAGAAACUGUGUUGUUAGAGUAAACAACUGAUUCUCUUCUCUGCCUUAUGAAGAAGGCUAAAGCAUGUGGGAGAUGGUGUAUGUAUGUGCAAAACAGACUAAAGAGUAAAAGGAAUCACUCGGAAUAUGGUUUUAGAAAAAUGUGGUUUAACCCUCAGAGCAGCCAGUAAGAAUUCAGAGAUUCUGGGAUUGCCUGUGGGUUACAAGGUGUGGCAAGUUAUGGUAAGUGAAAAGCAUUAUUGAAAGGAACUCUUUGUUAUGUUUUGUUAACAUUGAUUUAAUCUUAUUUUAUCUGGAAAACCGUUUCAUUUAGUAGUCUCUUUCGCAAAGUUCUACCAAGAGAUAAAAUAAAACAAUUCCUGCACUGUCAGAGGAAGAGAUUUGGCUUUUAAGGUCAACAUAUUCAUUUUCCUUAAAGAUCUGUCAUAUGCCUUUCACACAUUAGCCAUGUUUAACAGCAAUAUGUGCUGUAACCUAUCCGUGUAAUUCUGGAAGAUAUUUUACAGUAACUUGUCUAAGGAGAUCUAAAGUGCCUUGCAAAAACACAGACACCCCUUGAUCUUUUUCACAUUUUGUCACAUCACCACCACAAGCUUCAAUGUAUUUUAUUGGGAUUUUAUUUGAGUGACCAACACAAAAUAGUGUAGGAUUGCAAAGUGAAGGAAAAUCUUUUAACAAUUUAAAAAUAAUAGAACCACUUUUUGUAACAGUUACAGCUGCAAGUCUUUUUGAGGUAUGUCUCAUGCUCAGUAAACCUGGAUGCAGAGGGUCUGUGAACAUCAGUUUUCAAGCCUUGUCAGAUUUUCUCAGUUGUAUCAGGGUCUGGACUGUGAGUUGGUCACUCCGGCACAUGAAAGUGCUUCAAUCUUAACCAUUCCAUUGUAUAUCCGGUUGUAUAUUUAUGGUAGUUUAUCUGCUUGAAAGGAAACCCCCUGCCGCCAUCUCAAGCCAGUUGCAGAAUCAGGUUAGGAUUGUCCUCCACAAUGCAAAUGCUGUGUACUAGUUGGUAAUUUUCUGUCACACACAAGAUGUUAUAUGUAAGCCAAAAAAUAACAUUUUAGUCUCAUCUGACCAGAGCAUGAUCUAUUGGUAAUGUGAAAGUGUGAAAAAGUUCAAGGUGCAUGAAUAUCUUUGCAAGGCACUGUUUUAAGAGAAUGACAAACAACAACUUUCUUAAUGCUGUUGUGCAAAAACCUUGCAUCAGUUCAUUUACUUGCAACAUCUCUCCACCAACCACUCCAUAAAUGCCCUUCCCUUUCAUUGCUUGCACAUCCAGCUCUAAUAUCAUCCACUUUUAUGAUCUCGCUUACUGAUGUGUAUUCAACAAUAUUAAACAAUGGUGCUGAAGUGUAUACUAAUGUUUGUAAAUUAUUUUAAGACAUGGACGUAAGUUUGCAUCGUCAGAUAUUGUGUGGGUCAAAGUUUUAGCAGUGUGCUGUGUGCUUGUUUUUUUCUGUUUUUUAUUUGUGAACAUUUUUUUCUUUUCUGUUUUGGAUCCUGAUGUGUGAGUAGGUGUACUGGCAUGCUAAAUGCCAGGACCUAUCCUUAAUGGGGGAAAUAAUAAAAACAAAAUUGUUGAUGUUGGUCAUUUAUUUUUCUUGUAAAUAUUAGAAAACAAUUUACAACUCUCUGAUAUAGAUGGCAAAGCCUCUCAGGACUUGAGUCCAGGACGUUGCGUCCAGAGGGGACUGAGGGGCGUUAAAGCUGAAAGUGGUCUCGGAAGAACCCCCAAAACAGUACCAAACUAAGAGUUAAUAGGCCACAGGCAAACGUUGGCCUCUAGGGGGCAGUGCCGCACAGCACCUGCUGCAUGAAUGCAAUGACGUCACAAAAACGAUGACAUGGUUUAAAUACAUCUCUACCUGUGUUCAAGUGAAAGAUUGUCUUUGAAUUCAUUUCUAGUUGUAUUGAUUUCUUGAAGGAGUGACUUUAUUUGAUUUUUUUUUUUUCUUAUGUACUUUUUUUGUCUCCUCUUGUGGUCGUGGUCCUAUGAAUGAAAAAGUCUGUGCACUCAAAACAUAAAAUAAUAAAUACCAUUCGUUUUUUUUUUUUUGCUUUGAAGAAGAGUAUGAUGCAAUCAUGUAUGUCCUCUGUAAUACAGAGUAUAUGAGAUGGUGAUCCCACUGCACACACACACACACAAACAUAUAGUGAUGUCUUUAUUGACAUCCACAGUAUUGCAGAACUUACUAUUCUGUGCCUGAGGGGUAGAUCAUGUUCAUCUGUUACAAAAAAAAACCAAUAUAAUAAUGAAAGAUCACACAUGUGCAAAAUCAGCACAGAUGACUGCAGCUGCAAAAGGUUUUCUAUUCUCAUUUGUUUUUGUUUUUCCCUUCAUCAGUCAAAAAUGAAACAUCUUUUCUGUGUGUCAUUAUGGUGUCAUGCUUUGUGUGAAAAUUCUUGAAAACUGGUAGACGAUGGAUGUUGGAUGAUGAGAGGCAUAUGGACAAGAAUAAGCAGAAGAAAAAUAGUUUCUAUAUAUGAAUAAAAUUAAAUGUGCUGCAUUAAAAAACACAGACAUGCUUGUAUUUUCCCAUAUAGCUAUUAGAAGUUGUUGAACAAUAUGGGUGUUUUAAACAAAAGGCAUUGAAUGUCUAGGAGGUGUUUUCCUGUUUUAUGUUGUGCCCUGAAAGUAAUGGCAGCUUAAAAGUACUCUGGAGGAUUUGUCAAUAUUACACCUGAGCUGGUACAACCCCUGCUUCAUUCAUUAAAAAAGAGAAAUCUAUAAACAUUUGAAAUUUCAGUGUAUCUGAUAUUUAUGGUGAUUGUGCAUUUUCACUACUUCUGUAUGGUUUUUGCUGAUGUACUGACUCCCAAUCUUUGGAGAGACAAGAUCUAUGCAAAAGUCAACGGAUGGGUUUUUUUCAGCAUCCAUUCAAGCACCCUCCAUGAAAAAGUAUAUACAUAUUUAAAAAUCUGAACAAUAAAAAGUAACAACAAGAA